AUGAUGGCAGCGGCUAAGACAACAACGCCGACCUCGGAGCGCAACGCACGCAGCACGCAGCACGCAGGGCAGCCGGCCGAUCGCCGAGCAGGGCCUCAUGUCCUUCCCGAGGGACCCCGGUCCCACCUGGUCACCCUGGUGGUGAUGAGCCCAUGCCCACCCACUCGAGCCCCUGCCAUGUUCUUGGGCAUCUGCAGCAGGACCCAGACUCCUGAGUUGGCACCCCCCAGGUACACACUGCAGGCCCUGGCCAAGUGCUUAACCAUCGCACUACCAGGGCUGUUCGGAGAAUCUAAAGAUCCUGCAGGGCCAAUAGAGGAUCCAGCCCUGGAAGGGGUUGAGGCCAGGCCCUCAGGCUGCCUUGUCCUGUGCUUUCGGAUCUGGUGGCAGCCCUCAGCAGACAGGCCCAAGGUGAGGCCCCAGCUGUCGGUGACAGGGCCCCAGCUGCAGGCCCAGCUGCCUCGUGUCUGGGCAGGUGGUGCAGAGCAGGCUCAGCUGCUUCUGCCCAGCCCCUGCCUCCUGCCCCAUGUGGCCUUCCAGGGGAUGCCAGCCAUGAGGGGCCCUCAGCCAGAGUCAGAGCAUUUGCCAGGAGGACCUCGGAUGGCCCUGUUGUUCACACAGGUUCAUGUGGGCCCCAGCCCCCUCCCCGGGACAGGCGUGCCCCCACAUUCCAUGCCUGCCGCUUUAAGCUGGGGCUGCCACCUGCAAACUGCUCACGCCGCAUUCUCGGGGCGGCAGCAGGGUGGGGAGUGGCACGCCCUCCAUGGGGCCUAUAAGGCCGGGUGCAGCCUGUGGGGCCACGUCCUCAUGGCCUUGCCUGCUGUGGUGACCCUGCUGCUCCUGGGGCUGCUCCUGGGGCUCCUGGGGCUCUGGGGGCUAUGUCGUGCCCCAGCCUCCACCCCAACCCCAGCUGCAUGCUGGCCCCCCGGGCCAUGCCCCCUUCCACUCAUUGGGAACCUACAUCUGCUGGACGUGCGGCGGCUGGACCGCUCGCUGAUGGAGCUCGCAGAGCGGUAUGGGCCGGUGUUCACGGUGCACCUGGGUGGCCAGAAGACCGUGGUGCUGACAGGCUUCGAGGCAGUAAGGGCAGCGCUGGUGGGCACUGGGCAGAAGCUGGCUGAUCGGCCACUCAUUCCCAUCUUCCAACACAUCCAGGGAGGAAGGGGCAUCUUCUUCUCAUCUGGACCCCAGUGGAAAGCAGCACGCCAGUUCACUGUUCGAGUCCUGCAUGGCCUGGGCGUGGGACGGGCGCCUGCCGCCCAUAAGGUCCUGGAGGAGCUGGAGUGGCUUGUGGCGGAGCUGGACAGCUAUGGAGGCCGGCCCUUCCCACUACCCCUGCUUGGCUGGGCGCCUUCCAACAUCACCUUCACGCUCCUUUUUGGCCAGCGGUUUGACUACCAAGACCCUCUGUUUGUCUCGCUGCUGGGCCUCAUUGAUGAGGUCAUGGUCCUCCUGGGCUCCCCCGGCCUGCAGAUGUUCAACAUCUUCCCCCGGCUGGGAGCCCUGCUCCAGCUGCACAGGCCCGUCCUGCGCAAGAUCAAGGAGGUGCGCGCCAUCCUGAAGACGCUCCUGGAGGCCCGGCGGCGCCACGCGCUCAGCGGGGGCCCUGUGCUGGGCUACUUGGACGCCCUGAUCCAGCACGGCCAGGGGGAAGAACUCCCGGACCUAUUUUCCGAGGCCGACGUGGUGGCCUGCACCCUGGACAUGGUCAUGGCUGGCACGGAGACCACCUCGGCCACGCUGCAGUGGGCCGCCCUCCUGAUGGGCCGGCACCCGCGCGUGCAGGGCCGCACGCAGGCGGAGUUGGACCGUGUGCUGGGCCCCCGGCGGCCCCGGCCGGACGACCAGGCUGCGCUGCCCUACACCAACGCGGUACUCCACGAGGUGCAGCGCUACAUCACGCUCCUGCCACACGUGCCGCGCUGCGCCGCCGCCCCCACCCGGCUGGGCGCCUACCUGCUCCCCAAGGGCACGCCCGUGAUCCCUCUGCUGACCUCUGUGCUCCUGGACAAGGCCCAGUGGGAGACCCCUGAGCAGUUCAACCCCGGCCACUUCCUGGACGCAGAUGGGCGGUUUGUGAAGCGAGCGGCCUUCCUGCCUUUCUCUGCAGGUCGCCGUGUCUGCGUCGGGGAGAGUCUGGCCAGGACCGAGCUGUUCCUGUUGUUUGCCGGUCUCCUCCAGAGGUUCCGCCUGCAGCCCCUACCCAGCGCCCACCCAGCAGCCCUGGACGCCUCACCUGCCCCGGCCUUCACCAUGCGGCCUCGGGCCCAGCCCCUGUGCGCGGUGCCCCGGUGGCGCUGACCCAGGGGGUGGCUGUGGGGUGGGCUUGAGGACACCCCCACACAGCACCCGGGACCUCUGCUGCCCCACGGCCACCCUGCUCCCAGUGUGGGGCGCUUGGCGGGGGACUGCAGGCUCCUUUACCCUGUCCCUGCUACCUAUAGACCCAUGGAGGGAGGGGCAGAUGCUCCAUUGGGCCCCUCUGGCCCCCCUCUCCUGGGGGUUCAGUGUGUCUCCAGAGCCCACCACCGGCCCACACAGCCUCAUCCAGGGGGCAGGAGGCCUUCCCCAUGGAGCAUGGUGGGGACUGGGCUUGCAUGGUGGUGUUGUGGGGGGUGAGGAGUGGGAGACAGACACCCACCCAAGGGCCCCAGCCCCAGCUCACCUCAUUCUGCACUUUUCGAGGUCCCCGCGCCUGCAUUCCCCAGCUGCCCCAUCAGGGGCCGCCCCUGGCCCUCAUGGGAGCAGUCUUCCUGUGGUGAAGGUCCCCCUGGCGGUGGCUUACACUCCGCUGCACUCCACAGGGCAUGGACAUGAGGUCCAGCCCUAGGCUGCCCCCAAUUUGCUGGAAUGCGUACAGCAGAGGUGAUGCCAACUGUGGGACAGGCUUUGCUGGGAGGGUGUAGGGCUGCGGCGCCCCAGGCUGAGACCAGUUGUAGGCUGAGGGCCAGCCUGGCCCUGAGUGUGGAAGGGAGGGACCUUUGGGGUGGUCCCACUCCUGGAGGCCCUCUGUGCUGACCUCCCCAGGGCAGGGGAUGACUAGAGGAGUUCUCACACCUGGUUCUGGGGAUGCCCCUGCCAUUGCCACACCCCAGUGCCCACAUGGUAAGCAGACAGACCAGCAGGGCAGCCACCUCCAGGAGGAUCUACAUGGCAUCAGGGAGCCCCUGCAGGGGAGCAGAACGUGGGCUCCUCACAGGUGACCCUGCAGCCCCACCGGGCCCUGGUACAGACGGGGGGCUGAGGCCAAGAGGGUGACACACUGCACACUGACAGAGGUGGCUCUGGGAUGUUGUCGCCAGGCACAGCUGCACAGCUAGGGGGCCAUACCUGGGUGUCAUGCAUGGGCUGAGUCAGGGAGUUCGGGCCCGUUGUCAUUAAAUCUCCCAUGACCCUGAGUCUACCACUGCUAACAUCCCCUUUAAGAAUGAGGGGACAACAGGGCUCAAGGGCACAUACGGGGCUCACAGUGACCUCCCCAAGCGGGGGCCUCCUCCAACCCUGACCUCUCUGAAUGAAGGCUGCAGGUUCUGCAAACAUGGUGGGGACCAGCUUACACUAAUCAACCGUUGUCUGACUUUCACAUCUAACUGGGUGUCCUUCAUUGUCUCUUGAAGCAGGCCUCCGUUCCCAGUCACUGGUGGCCUGGCAUAGGGUCAGGGACACUCCGGGCAGGCUGGAACAGGAGGGGGCAUUGUAGCUGUCCUGCCAGCAUGGGGCAUGGAGACAGCCUUGGGAGCUGGCCUUUCCACAUUGGCUGCC